CCGUGAGAGGGGGGCGAAUAUUUAUUAGAACAGCAAUGGACAAGAUGACGAACGGAGCGCCGGAGGAGCACAAACCCGCCGCGGCCCUGGUCAGCAAGCGGGGGUAUGACGUCACGCGCUACCCCCACCUCAACAAGGGCAUGGCGUUCUCUCUGGAGGAGCGUCUGCAGUUGGGGAUCCACGGCCUCUUACCCCCCGCCAUCCUAAACCAGGACGUCCAGGUACAGCGAGUCCUGCAGAACUACCAGCUACAGAAGGACGAGCUGGACAGGUACGUCCUCCUGAUGGGUCUUCAGGACCGUAACGAGAAGCUCUUCUACCGGGUCCUGAUCUCUGACAUCGAGCGCUUCAUGCCCACCGUGUACACGCCCACCGUGGGUCUGGCGUGCCAGCAGUACGGACUCAUCUACAGGCGACCCAGAGGUUUGUUCAUCACCAUCCAUGAUCGCUCUCACAUCUCCACCAUCCUGCAGAACUGGCCAGAACACGACAUUCAGGCGAUCGUCGUGACCGAUGGAGAGAGGAUUCUGGGACUGGGUGAUCUGGGUUGCAAUGGAAUGGGCAUCCCGGUGGGUAAACUGGCGUUGUACACAGCGUGUGGAGGGAUGCCACCCCAGAAAUGUUUACCCGUCAUGCUGGAUGUGGGAACUGACAAUGAGGAGCUCCUGAACGAUCCUCUUUAUAUCGGACUGAGACACAAGAGGGUUCGAGGCGCCGCUUACGAUGAACUUGUGGACGAGUUUAUGAAAGCAGUAACAGAGAGGUACGGAAUGCGGUGUCUGAUCCAGUUCGAGGAUUUCGCUAACACCAACGCUUUCCGUCUGCUAAACAAAUACCGCCAUCGCUACCUCACCUUCAACGACGACAUUCAAGGUACGGCGUCGGUCGCGGUGGCCGGGCUUCUCGCCGCUCUGCAUAUCACUAAGAGCAGAAUGUCCGACCACACCAUCUUGUUCCAGGGCGCCGGAGAGGCAGCCAUGGGCAUAGCCGAGCUGAUCGUCAUGGCGAUGGAGAUGGAAGGUUCUCCUCACGACCAGUGCAUGAAGAAGAUCUGGAUGGUCGACUCCAAGGGCCUAAUCAUCAAGGGUCGGGAUCAUCUGACCGUCGAGAAGCAGCGCUUCGCCCAUCAGCACGCCGAGACCAGGAGCCUGGAGGAAGCCGUUCGGGCCCUGAAGCCCACGGCUCUCAUCGGUGUGGCGGCGAUACCGGGGGCGUUUUCGGAGAGCAUCCUGAAGACGAUGGCCGAGCUGAACGAGCGCCCGAUCGUCUUCGCUCUGAGCAACCCGACUAGCAAAGCCGAGUGCACGGCGGAACAGUGCUACACGCUCACACAGGGUCGGGGUAUAUUCGCCAGCGGAAGCCCGUUCGACCCCGUGACCUUACCCGACGGGCGGACCUUCUACCCCGGUCAGGGUAACAACGCCUACGUGUUUCCGGGCGUGGGACUCGGAGCGACGGCCUGCGCCAUGAAGCACAUCAGCGAUGAGGUCUUCCUCCUGACGGCACAGACGAUCGCUGAGCAGGUGACGGAGAAGGACCUGGCAGAAGGACGACUGUACCCUCCUCUGACCUCCAUUCGGGACGUUUCCUUCAAAAUAGCCGUGAAGAUAGUGGAGUACGCCUACAGACACGACCUGGCGACGGUCCGCCCCGAACCGUCCGACAAACCCCAGUUCAUCCGCUCGCUCGUCUACAGCACCGACUACCAGGACUUCACCACCGACUCGUACCGCUGGCCAGAGGGGAGCAUGAAGGUCCAGACCUGCAAACUCUGAGCACUCCGACCACACGUUCAGAUCAGGAAUCACACUGAGCGCCGCAUCCUGGCUUCUGGGUUCGAAUCUGAACAUCACGAGUGUUUUUGUUUUCAUUUUAUUUCACUGUUUAUGAAAGACUUUUAAAUCCAGCAGCCGCUAACAUGCACAUUUAAAUACAAUAAACCCUGAAGAACACAAACACUGAACAUACAGACACGUGUGUGUGUGUGUGUGUGUGUGUGUGUGUGUGUGUGCGCGUGUGUGUGUGUGUGUGUGUGUGAGUCUGUCAGUAGGUUUGAUCUUUAGUUUUAUUAAAUAUUGAAGGAACUUUAAUAUCGCGCUCCAAAAUGACUCCUCAGCAUUAUAAAUCAGGGGUGUCAGAACUUUUACACAAUUAAUGUUUUAAUAAAAAAUUAUUUUCAAAAAACGAAAGCGAGCGUCGCCCUCUAGUGGCCGGUUCUUGUAUUCGGGUGCUUGAGUUUCUUUUUAAAUAAUUACUGAAAUAAAAACGCAUUAAAAUAAAAUUUUAUCAAAAUAAAGAA